AUGGAAUUCAAAACAAGAGACACAAGUCGUCGUCAAUAUAGAAACAACCCUUACCCACGACAACCAUAUUCAACACACUACAAUAACGGAAUUGGAAUUCAACGUAAUGUAAAUACCUAUCAAAGUUCCUCCUAUAUUAGUGGUAGUAGUGGUAGUUCUACAUCUUAUCAUUACCAUCAACAACACUCGAACAGGUUCAACAACAAUAAUAGAGAAACAGGACCACCGACAAAAGUUCCGAAGAAUCAAAGAUCACUACCCUCUAAAGAAAUACCACAACCAUCACCAAAGAUCAAUGAAGAAGAGGUUCAAAAAAAUGCUAUUCGUUAUGGAAAGUUCGAACUUAAUAUAAAGGAAAGGCUUGAUAGUUUUAAAGAGAAAAAGAAAGAUGGUCCAAUAAUCUGUCAUCGUGAAAUGAAAGAAAUAACAAAAGGUUUUGAUAUACGAUUUGAUGAAUGGAGCAGUUUUGUUGCUGCUGCGCCAAAAAUACCACCCAGACCAAAAGAAAAAAAUCCACAACCUAAUAAUAAUCGUUUUUCUCCAUACAACAAGGCAUCAUCAUCUCUAUCACAACAAAAACAAAAUUGUCGCGGAAAAAGAGAGACAAAAGGAGACAAUAAAGAGAGCCAAAGAAUCUUUAAAGAGGAGAGAAAAGGAAAAAUGUCACCAGAAAUUGAAGUGAUUACAUAUCGUUCUAAAAAGGCACCAGAGAUUGCAGCAAAACGACCUGCUCAAAUGGCUCCUAUUGUCAAAUCACCAGAUGCAACUACUCGUGACAGUUCAAAAAUAAAGUUUGAUUCAAAUAAUGAUUUAACAACUACUACAUCAUCAACGUCAAUAUCAACUGUUCCAACAAUUAGCACAAAAAAAGUAUUUGAUAAAAGCAUUCAAUAUUUAGAAGGAAAAGAUAAUGAAAUGUUAGUACAACAUCAGAUAUCAACUCAAACUGAUGAUUAUAAACCUGAAUCAAGAUCUGUUCACGUUCAGACAGAUAAUACUGAUGUCGUACCAAUUGAUCCAGAAGAAGUAUUAUUUUAUCAAACGGUCGCAGAAAGAAAGUUUAAACUGGCAAAGACUUACAAACGUCGAGCUGAUCAUAGUAGACCAGAGAAGGAGUUAAGUGGGAUGACAGAGAAGCAAAAAUUAGAGAGAUUGUCCGAUCACAUGGAAAUUUUGAUUCUAUAUAUAGAGUGGUUCUAUAGAAAUAUUCAAGCACACGGAGAAAAUACUAUCGACAAGAUUGACAAGAUUGGAACUGUGUUAAAUAGCAUUGAUAAUCAUUUCGGCUGGGUAUCCGACAAUGCAAAGAAGCACGACCCACUUGCACUAUUACCACUUAUCAAUAAGCUUAGGGCAAUAUUUCUCAUGAAUCGUUUGGGGUUGGAGCAAAAGAGAUUCACCAAAUUAAGCAAUGAAUAUAUUAAGUCGUUUAAUGAAGAAGCAAAAACUGGUAUUUUUUCUAAUACUAUUCCAAAUAAAUAUAUCAAUACGUUGAAUGAAAUGCAGAAAAGUGCAACAAAUUUAUUCAAGUUGAUUACUAAUUUGUGGGAUGAAGGCAAAGAUUUUCAUGUUAGUAAUAGAGUAAAUAAUGGAGUAAAUCCGUUAAACUUAACAAUGCCAAUUGAGAAAGCAUCAGAAUUCGCUAGAAUGUUUGUUAGUGAUUGGAGAAAUAUUAACAACAUCGAUUUUGUUAGUUUGUCGUGA